CUGCCGCUGCAGGAGAGAUCAGAUGGGAAGAACAUUUUCCAAAUAUGGUCCCCAAACUUCGGGGCCUGGAUAACCCGGCAGCACCCACUGCCGUCUGCUCGGACGGAGAGUGCACUUCAGAAGGCUGCGGUGCCAACUAAAACCAUGCAGUCCCUGUCCAUGGAAGUGGGCAGCAGCAGCAGCAGCUCAGCUCCCAGCGACACAUCUGGUCCGGUGGUGCAGGUGUGCUUCCCCGGCGCUCAGGCCUCGGUGCUGGACAGCCUGAACCGGCAGAGGGAAGACGGCAGGCUCUGUGACCUCUCCAUCCACGUCCAGGGACAAGUGUUCAAAGCCCACCGCUGCGUCCUGGCUGCCUCCUCUCCGUACUUCCAUGACCAGGUGCUACUGAAGAACAUGUCUACGGUCUCCAUCCCGGCAGUGAUGGACCCGCUGGCGUUUGAGAGCGUGCUGAGCUGCGCCUACACCGGUCAGCUCCGGAUGCUGCGCGAGGACAUCGUCAACUACCUUACGGUGGGCAGCGUCCUGCAGAUGUGGCACAUCGUGGACAAAUGCACCGAGCUGCUGAAGGAGGGCCGGGCUGCAGCGGGAGGAGGGAGCAGCGGAGGAGGAGGAGGAGGAGGAGGAGGUCUGCAGGAUGGAGCGACUGUCGGAGAACGAGGCGGAGGGUCGGCCAUCCUCGGAUGCAGCAGUAGCAUUGGCGACGGCGGCGUUGCAGGCGGUGGUAAUGGAGCUAGCAGGGAUGGCAGUGGCGGUCAAGCCCAGGUGGAAGGGUCCAACGAGCCCCAGCGUGCCUCCCAACCUCCCAGCCGCCCGCCAGUGAGUGAGAGCCAGUCCCCCAGCAGCACCAACUACUUCAGCCCCAGGGACGGGAGCAGCUUUGGAGGAAGCGGUGCGGCCGCAGCCGGGGUGUCAGGGGACGGAGGCAGGGCCAGCAACACCCCCAGCUACUGCACCCCGUCGGGAGGAGAGGAAGCCUUCCUUAUAGAAGAGGAGGAGGAGGAGGAGGAGGAGGAAGAGGAGGAGGAAGUGGAGGAGGAAGUGUUGUACCACCAAAGGAAGAGAGGAAGAGGAGGAGGAGGCAGUGGGAGGAGGAAGAAAAUUAGCUCAGUGUUGGAGCAGGAGGUCGGGGUCAGCGACAGCUUUGGUGUGUCCUCUUAUCAGGAUGGGGAGGACUCUGCGUUGCCGCUACUGAAGCGUCCUACCUACAGCCAGCCCAGCAUCAUGCCCCGGAAACAGUGGGUGGUGGUGAAAACCGAACACAUGGAGGACGACGACCUCAUCGUCGUGUCCGGGGAAGAGGACGAGGACGACGAGGAUGAGAGGGAGCUGGAGCUGGCCAGAGAGAGGGAGAGAAGCGACUUCAACAUCUCCAACGUCCGGAGCCUUUCUUCCGAUCUGGGAGGCAGAGCUGAGAGCGAAAUGGACUCACAGGUGGACUACUGCCAGUCGUCAGAAGACUACCUCAAGUUUGACGGCAGUUUAAUGGACCAGACUUUAGCUCACCUUCAUGACAGUGCCGCAGGUCAGAGCCAGAGCGCGAACCGUGCUGUGUCCGCACUGCUGGGCCAAGUCCAGUCUGCGGCCUCAGCCCGGGCCCAGCUUUUCCCCCUGGACAUGCAGGGGAACCAGAUCCUCCUCUACAGCCAGGCCUCCGGACUCUCCCUGGACGGCGCCGCCCAUCCACUCGGGAUGGGGGGCGGUAUGAUGGGAGGAGCCGCUUUCAAAGGUCCCGGUCUAGAGCAUGGUGCAGUCCACCUGUCGGCGCAAGGCGGUUUGGGGGUCGAUGGCAUGGACUGUGGGGGGAUCGGCGGUGGGGGCGCCGGCGCUGGGAGUUCGGGGAAAGUGUUCAUGUGCCACUGUGGGAAGACCUUUACCCACAAGAGCAUGAGGGACCGCCACAUAAACAUGCACCUGGACCUGAGGCCCUUCCACUGCCCCGUCUGUGCCAAGAAGUUCAAGAUGAAGCAUCACCUCACGGAGCACAUGAAGACGCACACGGGCCUCAAGCCGUACGACUGCCUCGGCUGCGGCAAGAAGUUCAUGUGGCGCGACAGCUUCAUGCGCCACCGCUCGCACUGCGAGAGGCGCAGCAGGCUGGGGGAGGGCGGCGAAGGCGGGGGAAGCGGCAGUGAGGGCGGGAGAAGAGGAGGAAGUGAGGAUGGGCCAGAUAUGAUAGCCUCCCCUCACCACCUUCUGUCUGGGGGUGACGGAGGACAAGGCAGUAUUCUGGGAGGUGGAGGAGGAGGAGGAGGAGGAGGAGGGAGAAGAGGAGGAGGUGGUGAGGUUGGGCCAGAUUUAAUGGCCUCCCCUCACCACCUUUUGUCUGGGGGUGACGGAGGACAAGGCAGUAUUCUGGGAGGUGGAGGAGGAGGAGGAGGAGGAGGAGGAAUGUCUGCUUCCUCUCCACAUCUUUCUGGCGCCGGCGUCUCAGCCACAGGAAGCAGCAGCAGCAGCAACAUGAGUAACAGUAUGGCCGCCGCAGUGCCGCUUCUCGGGGUCGUCUCCCGGAGUCCUGGUCAGGGGUCAGGGAUGUUCGCUGGUCUGGGUCUGGGUCCAAGUGUGUGCGAUGAGGACGUGUGCGAAGUCGGCGCCAAUGACGGCAGCGUGACUUAAACCCCAAGUGCGAGUUCUGUCCAACGGGCCUGAGCGAACUGUCCUGUUCUCGUUCCUGCUGCUGUUUGUACAACAUGGUCAACUUGGAACCUCUGAAUCACUCCGAACACAGGGAGUGCGCACCUCGUCUGUCAGUUUGAGUGGUGGGGGAAAGGCGACGCUCCCGUUGGACAAAGACUCUGAGAUUCCAGUCGACUGCGCUGGUCCUGAAGCCGUCUUAAGUUAUCCGCAGUUCUUUUGGGAAACUCGCCUCCGAAAAGUGACCUCAUUUUAAAAAAUCAUUUUAAAAAAAUGGACCUUUCGUCUCAGUGAGUAAGCUAUCGUUUGAAAUAUCCCAGAUGUUAGUAAAGUAUAUUUUUGGGGGAAUGCUUUGCGCGUCGAGAGGAGACCAACAAUGAAGAGACAGCACUUCACUAACUGUUCCUCGCUAACAUUGUUAGUGUCAGAGGAGAAAGAAAAAAAGGCUGUUAUGAAUUGCUGUGAAUCUGCAGUAUUGUAUUGUAAUGUAUCACUGUUAUAUGGAAAAAACAACAACACAAAUCUGCAAGAGCAAAGCAUCCAUAACCAACUGCUCCGGGCAGCGGGGGGUUCCUCAGUGUCCCGUGGGACCGACAGCACCGCCUCCCGGGGUUGCAACAUGCUGCUGUGCUUGAAGCCCAACCUGGAUCCCAGUGAAGGGAUCAUCAGUCUUAUUUAUGCUGCUUAUUCACCAACCUGUGCAUCCUUCAAUACUUUCUCAGAUCUUACAGAGGUACUCAUGUUCCAGCUGUAAACUCACCAAUAUGACUGUGAUGAAACACAAAUGAAAUGGUCAAUCUCUUUUCCGAUAUGCUCCAUGCCCACGCGACCACAAACACUACCUGUCACUGAUGAGCUCGGCGCUCCAACAGCAGAGGGCGGAGCCUCCUGUUGCUCCUCACUGUUGCUGCUGUUACCUGCUUUCACUUUUUUUCUCGUCGUUCACAGAGUUCUCGUGCUUUGAGAAGUAUAUUACUACUGUAAAUACAUAGAGAUAUAUGUCGUUUUUUACUCAUCAGAACCUGGAACCAAUACGGACUUGUGACACUGAUGCGUUCGCUGCUUUGGAAGCCGGUAAUCAGGAGGGACGGUGAUCAUCUGGACCUACAGUGCACUCCCAUCGGAGCUACACACUGUAUAGUGUGUCGUUAUUCUUUCUACAUGAGGGCAUAGCUCACCUCCUGGAUGUUGUAGUUUCAGAGGUAGUUUUGGGAAUUGUAAAACUACUAAUUGAUUAGUUGAUAGACAAAAAAUGUAUCAGUGACAGUUUUGAGCCUAUUAUUUUUAAAAGUGAAGGUAAAUAAACCACACAAUGUUUCAUGUUCAUCGCAUUGUUGGGAAUUUAACACAUCGUGUGUAUGUAUAUAUGUUCGUGUGUGUAUGUGUAUAUAUAUAUGUGUGUGUGU